AUCGAAUGGGUACGAAUGAUUCCAAACUGAGCCUUUCAAUUAGGAAUCAUUCGCGCUAGCGCGGAGCCACGCGUCAUCCCGAAAAUACAAACAUUUGACGUAGUGAUAAUGUUAUAGUUGAAGCUCACGUGCCCAUCCUUUCAAGCAUUUGCAAUUGAUUGGCAUCGCUUAUAACCUAGCUUUUUAAGAUCGGCAUGCGUUCGUGCGUCCUGAGGAAUUUGCUCCGCGCGCGGCAUUUGUCGCGCGAGACUCUCUGCGGUCACGCAGCCCGGUCGCUAACGUACUCGCGACUGAGGCUGACGAGGAGGUUUUCGAGCACCGUGGGGAAGGACGGCGGCGAUGAGAACGAUGACGCGACCAAGGGCACCGGCUCUAACCUGGCGACGGCUAUAAAUACGAAAUACAAGAUAUUUCACGACGAAGACGCGGACGUUAUCCUCGAUGUGAGCGAGGAGCAGCAAAAGAUCCUCCUCGAGGAUCUGAACAAGCAGGAGGAGAUUCACGAUCCUUACGCCGAUAUAAAUCUAAACCAUGGUAUUACUGGAGUAUACGACAUCGAGGAGCUUAUUGAGCUGCUGGAACGAGACAAGGCCAAGAACAUCUUCGUCGCUUCAGUUCCCAAGGAGUAUGCUUACGUGGACUACAUCGUUGUCGUGUCGGGAAAUUCGUGGAAGCACAUGAACGCUUUGGCCACCUUCGUACGCAAGGUUUACAAGCUGAAGAGGUAUCCGACUGAACGGAUACCCAAAAUUGAAGGGAAGGACUCGAAGGAUUGGAUAGCCCUGGAUUUAGGAAACAUCGCUUUGCACAUCUUCUCUCAUUCUGCCAGAGAGCACUACGACUUGGAGACCUUGUGGACGGUCGGUUCGCAAUACGACGACAAGACCAACGAAUCCGAGGAGUUGAACAUCAUGGACCGGUAUAACGCCUUCCUAGCUGAUCUUCAACCGGCCGACGACGCUCAAUAAUUUGCGCACGUGUACUUUAUUGUAACAAAUCCUAAAACUAGUUAAGCCUAAUUAAAUAAAUGAUAAAAUUAAUAAUGAAGGUA